AUGCGUUGGACAAAAUCCAUGAACGAAAACGCAUUGCGGGCGUACUAUAGGGCGAAAGGGGAAGAAACUGCGGGAAUAGCGUAUAGGGCUCGGAUGCAUUGCUUUUUUGCUGAGCUGGAGCCGUCUAUCCCCGUCACGGAACAAAACCUGGCAGACCGAGUUCGGUACAUCAUGCGCUCGAAAAUAUUUGAUGAUGCCGAGCUCGAACGACUACGACGUGAGGCUAUUCCCUCGUCGAAUGAAUCGGCUAUGGCUGGAGAUGCAGCUCCACAUACGACAGACCAGCUUCCACGCGUGGAAGCCGCCAUGGAUCUUCCAGUUGUGGUUGAUUCGGACGACGAUGAAAUGGUCUCCCACGAACUAGAGCAAAUGAGGAGUAUAUUGGAAGAGGCGAUUUUGGAAACGCGCAGCACCCCUCUCGAAAAUCGACCGCGACUUCCCCGCAUACCCUUAAGCAAGCGAAAUCGGGCUGUCGUGAGGGCUCUUAACCCAAUGCUGGUGACCUAUUUGGAAGCCAGCCGGGACCUUUGCGAGACGGACUCGAUUCUCUUUGGCGCCGCAGUGGCAGUUUGCCGUAUUAUUGGCGCCAAACUUCCCAUGGCUGGACGCGCUACUACACAAAGUAGCGCCAUCCCAGCCUGGAGGAAAAGAAUCGAGGACCGUAUCGCAAAGGCAAGGGCCCUUAUCGGCAGACUGACAAGCUUCAGGUCGGGUAAUAAUAGACCGAGGAUUAUGCGCACCGUUAGGAUGGCGUUUGCUGGGACAAAUAUCAGUUUGUCCCAGCCGGAUAUCACGCAGAAACUAACGGAGCGCAUAGACGACCUGAAGCAAAAGAUCGCUGCUUGGGGGAAGCGGAUUCGACGAUUUUCCGAGGGGUCAAGGCGGUUCAACCAGAAUCGUCUCUUCCAGAGUGAUCAGAAGAGGCUCUAUAAAUUAUUGGAGCGACCAAAGGUAUGUGGAGCGGGCCAAGGACCGGAGCAGGCUGACACUGUCGCAUUUUGGCGUGGCCUGUGGUCAGAGCCCGUAAACCACAGCGAGGGCCCUUGGAUGGAAGUUGUGGCGAGCCAGGGUGCGAGUAUUACGCCUAUGGAUACCGUCACCAUAACGCCGGAAGACGUGGCUGAAGCGGUCCGUAGGGCCCCGAAUUGGAAAUGUCCGGGACUCGACACGGGCUGCAUCAACACUGGCUGA